AUGAACACAAUAAUUGAGCGAAUACCGCUUCGCGCAAGGACGAGACUCGAUGCCGAGGUCACAAACGGUCAGCUCUUGCUGAUCUGGAGUGUCACCUCGGUAGCUUCCUCUACACCACAUCCACAAGCAAAUGUGGUGUGGCAGAGAGGCAUUUGCUUGGGCCGCUCGUCUUUACUUCUCAUUCCUCGCAGUACAAGCCUGACCACGUCUAUAGUUGACUACGAUGCAUUUUAUGCUUCCGUUGUUGAGCAUGAAGAUCCUAACUUGAAGAGUGUUCCCCUCAUCAUUCAACAGAAGCAGAUCGUCUGUACCUGCAACUACAAGGCCCGUGAACGUGGGGUUUACAAGCUCCAAUUGAUGACCGAAGCUUUGAAAACAUGCCCGGAAGCAGUUGUCGUUUUGGGCGAAGACCUAACGAGAUUUCGAAACGCCUCGAAAUUGCUCUACAACUUUCUCAAAGACCAGAUCUGGAGUGGCAGGGCCGAACGCCUCGGAUUUGACGAAGUCUGGUUAGAUGUGACUGAUAUGGUUGAACACAACAUCUCCCUUCUGUCACCCAAUGACCUCCAGAAUUCAUUCUUCUGCUUGGAUAGGAAUGACCCGACUGUGGGCUUCGCCUUCGAUGCAUCUAGUGUCUUCGGGCCGACCUGGCCCCCUGGAAAGAAAUCCACGGUCGCGGACGAAGACAGUCUUGACAGAGAUGCACACCAGCUCGAGCUACGACUAGUCUUGGGCAGCCAGCUAGCCAGGCAUUUGCGCCACGAGCUUGAGGAGAGGUACGGGUUUACUGCCACGGUUGGCAUAUCGACCAAUAAGACACUGAGCAAACUGGUUGGUAACACGAACAAGCCGCGGGCUCAGACAACCUUGGUUCCUCCUUACGAGCCUGUGGGAUCCCCGAUCUCUACGGUAACGCAAUUCAUGGAUGGCCACGAUAUCGGCAAAGUGCCCGGAAUCGGUUUCAAGCUGGCCCAGAAGAUAAGAGCGAAAGUCCUUGGAAGAACAGCAGAGAUUGACGAGGGUCUCGUCUACGGCGGUACACGAGAGUCUAUCUCGGUAGGGGACGUGCGUCGUUUCCCAGGCAUGAGUGCGGUCUUGUUGGAGGAGAUCCUUGGAGGUCCGGGUGCGGAGCGAGGCAUAGGUGGCAGAGUGCAUGCACUUCUUUAUGGUGUAGACGACGCGGAAGUCAAGAAGGCCCGGUCGGUUCCGUUAUCAAUCUCCCAAGAAGACUCAUACAUGCGUCACCUCUCCAGCUUCGAUCAGGUCAGGCAGCAGCUACAUCUCUUGGCCGAGCGACUUAUCAGGCGUAUGAGGGUCGAUCUUACCGAGGACGAUGACGAAGCAGACGAAGCCCAUCCCACUAAGCGAUGGCUUGCACACCCAAAGACACUACGCCUCUCAACGCGGCCUCGCCCUCCAACUGGACCUGAUGGUGUCCGACCGCGGACUUUUCACCGCAUAUCCAAGUCAGCUCCGCUACCAAACUUCGUCUUCAGUUUGACUGAGUCCACGGACGCAUUAGCAGGCAGAUUGCUCGAAAGCCUAAUAACCUUAUUCCGCAUGCUGCACACUGAGAGGCAAGGAUGGAAUCUCAGUCUCAUCAACAUUGCCGUCACGAACAUGGUCGAGGCCAAGGAUGGAGGGCGAGAUAUUGCCAAAAUGAUGCGCAAUCAGGAAGACGUACUCAAGGACUUCCGCGUCAUCGAGAGUCCGGCGGACAGUGUCGGAAGUGCUCAGCUGAACUGGGAUUCGGAUGGCAGCGACAUCGACGACCAAGACUCAACAUACUGCUGCGAAGUGUGUCAAGCCACUGUGCCGAUCUUCGCGUACCAGGCACACGACCAGUUUCAUCGUCAGACCAAGGAGUGA